ACAGGAACGAACGCGUCCGUAUGUGUCUCUCAUUUCUCCCACCAGUCCACCAUAGAAUAUAGAAUGGACGUAAUGUGAAAUGUACACCAAUGAUAUAUGAUAUACGAUCGUAUAAUGGGGGACGAAGAUAUCAUUUGUUUAUCAUCCGACGACGAAACAGUCCCUGUGCAAUCUUCCGUAAAGAAAUCAGAGCCUGUCAAACCGGAUUUGGCAACAGUAGUGCAUCAACCUGAAAGUCUUAAGAGAAAGUCCCAUGUUCCAACUGAACAAAAACUGGGUCAGAUUAAAAAGCCAAGAGUGUCUUGCAACGGUCUUGGACCAGGAACUUCCAUUCCCUCGCCUGAGAAACCCACCCAGAGAGUUUUGGAGUUGUCCUCUAAAGUAGAACCAAACAAAACCACUAAAAAAUUAAACAUCAAUGGAAUUCUAUUUUCAAGAACCACCGUUGAUCCAAGAGUUUUCCAGAACGAGAAAAGUGAAUCUAAAAAUAACAGCAAUACAGUAAUAUCUUCCAACAAUGCCAAACUGAUGGUCAAGAAUCCAGUAUCCAUAAACUCUCAAUUUAACCAAUCAUCCAACGCUCGGCUGUUGGUGAACACUAGUUCCAAUAAUGAACUCAAUGCGUCAAAAACUUUGGAAGAUAAGAAAAAAGCAGAAAAAACUAUUGAAAAUUCUGAAAAUAGAACAAAACAUUCUGGUACCGCAUGGGCAAAAGAUGGAUCAACCAAUUUUUCAGAUGUACGUGUCAAACGAAUGGAAAAUUCAUCGAAUGUUUUGGUCUCAAAAGUUCAAGAGGAAAAGUCGUCAGCUGCAUUAAAUUUACCAGUAUUGCAUCAUCAAUCAAGGGACAACGAAAGAGUGAAGACCCAUCCCAUAAAUGACACACCAAAAUCGAUUUAUGCAGAGUCAAACAGUUGUAGAAAAUCAAGUGAAAAAUUGAGGCAUUCUGUAGAAGCGAAGUCUAUGAAAACGUUCGGGAACCAAAAAACUUCCAGCUCUACAACCUCAUCAGAUAAUGAAGUCAUUGAGAUAUCUGAAUCACCAAUCAAGAGGAUCAAUGAAAUCAACAGCAUCAGACUCAAUUCAAAACCUGAGGAAUCAAGUUUGUUGGUUGAAUCCUCAAAAAUAACGAACAGAAACAAUCAACAAAGUCCCAAAGGCCAGAAUUCUCAUAGUUUCAUAAACACAAAUACUUCGAAAGAUGAAAAUAAAGAGCUUCUGAGCACUGGACAAAAGAUCAGCGAUUCAAAAUUCGAUAGUUCCAAAAUGGAUGAGAGUUCCCGAAAAGAAGCUCCAUCGAAUGAAUCAAUAUCCAGAGAAAUCAACGUUUUGCCAACACAAGAUGCUACCAAUGUCAAAAAAAGGAUAACAUUGAAAAGAGUAACUCCGUUUCAUCUACCAAAUUCAAGGGGGAACGAUUCUAAUACGAAAAAUAGUUCGGUAAGAAACAAUGAUUUGCCAAAGUCGAUCGAACCUUUUGAGCCGGUGGCAGGUUGUUCCAAAACACCAGACACUGAGUAUUUCUGUGCACCUAAAAAAAAAAUGCACAAACCCACAUCCGAUGCAUCUUUCGUGACAACGCUUGGAAUCCCAUCAGAGAAUAAGGAGCCUGAUGAAAAACUGGAAACUUCUGAGCAGGAACACCAGGAAAAUGCCAUCAAACCACAUUUGAUCAUGAAAACGAAAGAACCCGCAUCGAUAGAACAGGAUACAUUCGCGACGUUUCUCAGUUUCUGUCUCCAGGUCGAGCGGAGUCCAGAAAUGGAGAAAAUAGUAGCCAAGUUGAAGCGCCAUUACGAUCAACUGAACCCAGCUUAUUCGAGGUCUCGGAUAUUCAGCGAUUUUUUGAACAGUAAACGCGAAAAAAUUCUGGAAAAGGGAAGAAUUUAUUAUUACAUAGGUCAGGUCGCUGACGAGAUGAAAUUCCGACGAAAACAAGCCAAAACCUCAACGACGAUGGAAAAAAAAGCGGUUGAACAUGAGCAAACCAAUGGAAAUGCUGAGUCUUCGAAAGAGAUGAAUGAUGAUUGUAGUGAUCAGCACGAAUCUCGACGACUUCGACGAAAAAUGAAAACCAUUGAAAUGGCUAUGAAAAAGUGUGCCAAACAAAUACAGCGUCUGGAAAUUGCAGAAGUUAAUUUGGAUGACGACAAUGACAGUAACUAUAUUAAACUCGAACGUUACAAGAGUAAAAUGGUCGAGUUGUACGAUAAAUUGUGCGAGUACACCAAUGAACACCCCGAUGCUGGACGAGUCUACUUGCGGCCUAAACAUUUCAGAGUUACACAAAUUCCAUCGAUCAAUCAAGCUAUCAAUAGUUUUAUCAAUUCAAAAUUGUGCAAUCGCAAAAAAGCUAUGAGCUGCAAAUCAUUCAUUAAUGGCCUCAUUUUCCCCGAUUACCUUGAUAUCCUGGAGUGCGUUGGUAAAGUUAACGAUGAUCAGAAUCUUGGUUUGGACAAAAAACGACAACAACAAUUGGCUAAGGAGGCUUUCACAACGCUGGGGAAACAUUUGCAGCAAGCCCGCCAAAACGAUUACUUGGAAACAUUUUGCGAGAAAAUUGAAGAUUCGAAAGAUCCGGCCACGGCAGAUCCAGUUUUGACGAAAAAAUUGUUGGAGAACCAGAAAAUCGCCGAGAAAAAUACUGCCGAGAUCUUCGAGGAGUAUGUGCGAAGACAGGAAGCGAGAAAUGCGGGGGAUCAAGAAAAUUCUAACACCGAGUCUGAACACGACGACGAUGUCGAAGAGGAGGAGGAGGAGGAAGAAGAAGAAGAAGAAGAAGAAGGUGAUGAUGAUAACGACGAUGAUGAACUAAAGUCCAACAGUGAUGUCAGUGAUGCAGAGUUUCCUGACCACGGGGAUGUGGAAAGUUGUGGUGAGAACGAGAAGGAGAAAAACUCGAAAGGGGCCUUGAACACGUUACCUGAAUCGCAAAAUAAACAGAAGUCACUGCAGGAAGACAUCGACAAUAGAGCACCAUUGAUUGAGGUUGAAAAUGUCAUUCACGAAAUCAAUGUCCUCGAGAACAGUAAGAUACCAGUCCAGGAAUUAGAAAAAAUUCCAAACCGAACGAAGGAAACUUCACUCGACAAGGAACCAAAGGAAGUCGAAGUGAAUCAUGAUGAGGACAUUUACGAGGAAGUGAUCGAGAUCUUAGAGACUACACACAAAGUUCAAAACCGAAACAUAGAAAUAAACAAAGACUGCAGCACGGAGGAUCCUAAAAAGGGAGAGGAGAGGUCAAGAAAACCCUCUUGUCUUUCAGCGAGUGAAGGAAAAACUGUUGAUACAAGGCCGGAGAAAAGCGACGAUAUAUCGAAAUUAACGAAUGAGGCGAAGAAACUAUCGAACGGAGACAAUGGAACAAAAACACCGGAAAUGGAAGUAAAUCAUGCCGAAGCUGAUACCAAAGAAGAAGAAGAAGAAGAAGUGGUCGAGCCUGUGAUCGAGCAACCAAAAGUAUUGAGGAUACGAUCGUUUGCAAAACCACCUUCUUCCUGGGCGAGUAGUCAACAAGCGAACGAGGACGAGGCAGCGCCGGUUUUAGGAUCAGCAAUCAGCGAUACAAGCACUGAAACGAUCGACUUGCUUGACGAGGAGUCGGAAACUCUCACCGAGAGUACAUCGGCAGUGCAAAAUUCUCCAAGGAUCGUGAAAAAUGAUUUCACCGGUAUAAACGCCCAGAUUCCGAGGACGGAAAAGUUUGUCGUAAAAGUAAGUCGUACAAUAGGAGAGCAUCCUACAAGCGUAAGAAAGAAUCAAUCAAGCAUAAUUAUACGAUCACCGAACAAAUCAGCCUCGAAUCAGCUACCGGAAAUAACGAAAUUGACUCCCAAUGAAGAGUUUGCAAUGCAAAAGAAUAUCGCAAUAGCGUCAAACAUCCGGUCAUCUCCCAGCAAUAGCGAAAUGUUCCGAAACCACAUCAAGCACGGUCCAACAGAUCAGAAUUCCAUCGCGGUAGCACCGAAUUCUAAACGUUAUCCCGGAACGACGGCGCAACCCACCCAAAAUCGUCCUCAGCAAAAAUCACCGUUUCGAAAAAGCGCAGUGACAGCGCCAGCUCUCAAAGUGCAUAUCGUCGGUGGACAAUUAUCAGACAACCAUCCCCAGCAAAUAUUGGUGCGAAAGCACAUUAAGAUAGCGCCAAGUACGAAAACGCCUUGCGGGAAGAGUCAAGUUUACCGACAACACAAUUCAUCGGUGCAAAAACCGAUCGCGAUAGCACCGAGUAUGAAAAUAUUGCCUGGAAAUGAUGGCCGACUAUCAGUAAAUUGUCUUCAGCAAAGUUCUUCAGUACAGAAAGAAUCCGCGUCAGCAUCAGUAGCCCCCCGAAAAAGUCAAAUCUACCAGAAUCGUUCCCUGCCAAAUUUAUUGGUGCAAAGGUAUGUCCCGCCGGUCCGAAAUGUCAGAACAAAUUCCGGAAAAAACCAGUCUUUCCAAAAUCGCUUUAACGUUAACUCAUCAGUGCAGAAGAACGUUGCGAUAGUGCGAAACCCGAAAGCAUCUCUCUGCAAAAUCCAAUCGUCCCAAAAUCGGCACCACCAAAAUUCAUCGGUGCAGAAAUAUCCGACGAUAUUGCGAAAUCAAAAAACUUUUCUCGGAAAAAGCCAAUCGUUUCAAAACCGCUUUCAUGAGAAUUCGUCAACACUGAAGCAGACCGCGCCAGUAGCGGUUCCGAAAGCGAGUACUGGGAAUAGCCCAUCAUCCCCAAAUGUGUCGCGACAGACAAUACUCAGUUCACCGGUGACUACAAAAGUGAAGACUAAAAAUUGUCCGCACGCUAUCCAAUUGCGUCAUGAGUUGUCAACUCUCCGUCAAGUGUCCUCGUUGAACAAUCCUCAAAGUAUUGCUACUAAAGUUCCGAAUUUUCCAAAUAAUAUGCAAACCGUACCAAUUGAAAAGUUGAAAUCUGUUAAACUGGCCAACAAUAAUGAUCAAACGAAAAUCAGUAGGAAUAAUCUCUUCGAGGCAAACAACAAUAAUAAAAAUAAUCAACCGAGAGCCAGCAACAAGAUUAUUUUAAUGAAAGCCAAUAAUAGUAAUAAUAAUAAUAAUAAUAAUAAUAAUAAUAAUAAUAAUAAAAAUAAUAAGUCGACAGCAAUCAUGGCCCAAAAUUUGAGAGCGUUGAAACCAGAAUCGUCCAUAAAUACGACGAAUCCGAUGCGGCCUGAUUCGCAGCCUCUCCAGCAGUGUCGACUGCAACAAAAGCCCAUUAAAUCUCCGCCGAUAGUAAAAUUGCGAGUUUCACCUAAUUCACAAAUUCUACAUUCUGUUCAACAGCAAUUAAAGAACGUAUCAAAGGCGACGAUUCGUCCGCUGGGAGUUCCCUCGAUACAGGCGCAAGGGAUAACAUUGAAAAAUCCACGAUUAAUAAAAUUGCCUGGAAAUUCAACGGUGGCCGCUGCUGGUGCUCGUUCGAUCGACCCUCCUCAAGUUCAAAACGCGUUGCAAGCAUCACCACGAUUGCCGAAUUCUUCGAACAUUCUGAAAACUGCCCAAGCCAUCAACUGGCAGCCUGUACAACAAAAAACAAACUGUGCAUUGAAGCCACACGCGAGUAACAACUCACCACUCACUUAUCAACAGCAACAAAACCUCAAACAUGCGGGAGAGAAAUACUUAUGGAUGCUGUACAACAACAACAACAACCGCCGAACAAAUGAUUAGCUUAGCUUUUCGUUAAUAUUAGCUUAGAUUAUAAACCAAGAAAAGGCGAGCAAAACUAAGAGUGAGAGUGAACAAGGUGGAGCGUAAUGAGCGAAAUACUUGAUUAUUUUUAUCAAAAGUUUGAGUUUAUUGUUUAACCUUCACACAAAUAUAUGUGCAUAUAUAUGA